AUGGGCCUAUUUCCAGGACUACAUCCAUGGUUCAUGCGCCUGACGAAGCUGCUGCGCUUGCCGAGCCCAACAGAAGGACUGGACAACUUUAUCACCGACCAGAUCACCCGGCACACGAGCGAAACAUCCCAGACUGAUGGCGCCGAGAGAGAUACGACCUUUCUAUCCAAGAUACUAACCUUACGGAACGAAGGCAAAGCCACGGACGCAGAAGUUCGACUCUGUGUGGAAAUGAACAUUGUCGCGGGCUCCGACACAACGGCCAUCAGCUUGAGCUCAAUCAUGUACACCAACACUCCCGUCUUGAAGCGCCUUCGCCAAGAGCUGGAUGAUCAAUCCAAACCUGGACGAUCGUCAGAUCCCGUAGCAUACCAAGAAGCUCAGGAGAUACCGUACCUGCAAGCUGUGAUUAAGGAGGCCCUGCGGCUGCACGGCGCCGUGGGCACGCAGUUGGCGCGUGUCGUACCCAAAGGCGGCGCCGUCAUCGAAGGACAGUAUUUUCCUAAAGGGGUCGAAGUAGGCGUCAACGGCUGGGCGCUUCAUUACAAGAAAGAGACGUUUGUCGAGGAUGUCCUGACAUUCCGGCCUGAGCGAUGGCUUGAUUGUGAGAAGACGAACAUCAGCUUGCCAGAAUCUUUGGCGUUCGGUCAAGGUGCUCGCUCUUGGAUCGGCAAAAACAUUAGCAUCCUGGAGAUGUCCAAAGCCAUUCCGCAAAUCGUUCAGAAUUUCGACACCGACCUCUCCGAGAGUACUCGGCAAUGGUUUACCAAGUGUCGAUGGUUCGUCAAACCAAAGUACAAUGCUCGAAUAAGGCACAGAGCAAGCUCAUAA